UUUAUACAUGAAAAUUUUUUUAACAUAUUGUGAUGAGAUUCUGCCAAUUAAAAUGAGACCAAACACGACAUGCUAUUAGUAUUGAGUGUGAUUAGUAAAAUUACGAAGCAUACACCAGAAAUUCCAGAAAUACAAGAAAAUGCAAUUAUGUUAUUCAUACAAUAAAGAAAUGACUUCAUAAAACAGAAUAAUCCACUCAUUGCAAAAUCAACUGAUAUAUUACAAAUAUAUUUGGAUGUUCUUUCGGAUUUGUUGGAAGCACUUUCAGAUGAUUUUAAACAAAAAUAUGAUGAAGAACUGUAUAGCUGGGUUAAAGAUCUAAGUCGUCCAGAGAGAUAUCAAAUUAAGAAAGUUACAAUGAGAUCUGCAAUCAACUUAUUGUCACGUCAUAUGAAGUUCUUUCAAGAAUUUGUUUAUUCUGAUUAUAAGUAUUGGUAUGAACUAUUAAUUAAUUUGGCUCAAGACAAGAAUACACAAUGUAGUGUAUGUGGACAGAAUGCUUUAAAAAAUUUUUAUCAAUUAAUUGGAAACAUAUUAAAAGACAAAACUUCUGAUGAAGAUAAAACUAUAUUUUUGUAUUUUAAAAACUUUUUCGAAAAAGAACUGAAAAAUAAUCAAGAAGUAACUGCAAACAGAUGUUUUGUAGUAUACGGCUACAGUAAAAUGGCUGCUCCAUGUAAAAUAUAUCUUACACAUAAUGACGUACAAGAAAUGUUUUCUCUGAUUGCUCAUUGUGCUGUGUCAGUCUGUUCAAGAGAAAAUUUAGAGCGUUUGGACUUGGAAAGUAUUUACUAUUACCAAGAAGCAUUAUCUGAAAUAAUAUUGCAUAUAUUUGAUCUAUCAAUUGAUCAGAUUAAUAUAAUUUCAAAGCUCAGUGUUAUUUUAGUUAAAAAAUUUCCCGAUCUUCCCAUAGUUAAUCAAAAUCCUGCAAUUUAUUCGCUGGUAAAAACGAUCGUUAAUAUUGGGACAGUCAGUAAAACCUUGUUAGAAGAAUUUCUAUAUAAUUUAAAUUACAAUGGAAUAAUAUGGACUUGUUCGCAUACUUUGUACGUCGACGCGGAAUUACAACGCGAAUUAAAACACCAUGAAGAGCGCCUAAUGUGCUACAAAAACUAUUUACCUUUAUGGAUACAACUUACAAGACCAGAAAGGUAUAGACAACACGAGCGCAUUAUACAGGACGUGGUUGAUUCAAUAAUGCAUGUAUGCAUCGUGCUGAUUACUAAAUUAAAUCUAAACACGAAAGUGAAGGAUGAUAAUAUAUUCUCAGAUGCAACCUUUUCUCAAAUUGCCGAGAAUGCAACAGACUUUCGAAUGUUCAUCAAUAUUGUUGAUUUGUUUGUUGAUAUCAUCAAUGAAUUAGAGUCCUCUUUGUUGAUGAACACUUUGCACAAAUUCCUAUUAAAGUUUAUCACUAUGUCUUACAAGUAUCCGCUUGUAUCAGGAUUCUAUAAAUUAGUGUACGCGACGUUUAAACAUAUUUCUAAUUUAACUGAAGGCGAGAUUGAAGCAGAGACACUAGAUUUAUUAUACAAAUACUUCAUUAAUAUAUUGAAUUUGAUGUCCACCUUCAGCGGUGAAUUACUAACAACGUGUUUAUCUUUAAUUUUGAAUGUACCUGAGAUGUACAUAGAACGUAUACUGGAUAGUUCCAUUCCGACAUUUAAAAUAGCUUUAACGGUGGGUUUAAGUGAUUUUGAAGUAGCUUGGACUGCGUUGAGCGCGUUAGAAAAAUGGACAAGCCGUUCAAACGAUCAACAGAAAGAUAAAUUUUUGUUAGAAAUUGUUCCAUUCUUGGAGCCAUAUUUAAACAGCGAAGAAAGCUGCAUAGAAAUGUCACAGGACAUAAUAAAAUCUGAGCGGAAAGUUAUAAAGCGCAUCGUACUCAGAGACAACGAAAAAACAUUAGAAAGAUUUCAGAUGAGAGUUCUAUUAUUUAUCGCAUCGCUCGACACUGAUACAUUACUGAAUUUCGUGUAUAAAAAAUCUAUGAAUAUAGGAGCUACUUGGGACAAGAAGGAUUUACUCAAGUAUUCGUUGUCUUUGUCGGAUACAGAAGUGGAUAUUUAUUUUGAUAAAGUCCUACCAAGGGUGACUCAAUUAGCUCAAAACUCUGGGGACAGGCGAACGAAGAUAAUAGCCUGUGAAGUACUUCAUUCCAUGGUAAUGUUGAUUCUAGGAAAAACAUCGAAAUUAAAUCUGGAUAAAUUCGCUCCCCUGUACAAUAUAAUAUGUCCAGCCCUAUUGAAUCUAGGCUGUGAUUACGAUGAAGCAGCAAGGCAAAUUUUUCAGCCUUUGAUGCUGCAGUUGAUGCACUGGUUGAGCUCAAAAUUUAUGCUCAAGUCUUUAGCGACUACAUAUUUUAUAGAUUCAGUGUUCGAGGCUUUAAGCAAUGAUUCAAACUCUUCGCUUAGAGAAUUUUCUGCAGCAUGUUUAGCCGAAUUUACUAAAUGGUCUAUAAAGCAGUCUAACAAUGACAGAGGAACUCAAUCUAACAUUGAUGAGGUCUUAUAUAAAAUGACGAACUUCGCGAUUCAUCCAUCUAUAUGUAAGCGAAUAGCAGCUGCAACAGUUUUCAAUCAUCUUUACACUAUAUUACGAGAAGACGACAAAAUUGUUUCCAUGUACUGGCUGGAAAUUUUGUAUUGCUUUGUGAAGAGUUUAGAUGGUUGUAAUGACCCCUCGAUUGUGGUUGCACUCGAUCACGUUGAAAGAGUAUUAAUUGCGAAAAAAAAUUUAUUGAAUGCACAUCAUAGUAAACGUAGAUUACCAGCUGAAUUUAAAGGAGACACUCUGACAGAUGCAGUGUACUGGCUGUUCUCUCAAUGCGGUUGCAUAAACCUUCCUUGUAGAACGAAAUGCAUGGACUUGGUGGUUAAACUUUCAGAACAUUUAAAAGAUUGCGAUUCGGUUACAACAAUGAUAAAUAAUUUCAUUGAUGACCAUGGAAACGAUGCAUUUAAUGCAAUGAUAUUUGGCGAACUCGAUUCGAAGAUUGAAAGUCUUUCUUGUAGCAUUAUUUUACCUCUUUUGAGAAGUUUGGAUUGCUACAUUUGGCUGAUAAAAAAUGAUCUGCUGGAAAUGGAAUAUUUAUUUGCGAAAACAAAUACAAAAAAUGAAAUACUUUUUAAUAGCGCAAAAAAUUUCGUUUAUGUAGUCAAUAAAAUUAAAAGCGAAACAGAUGAUGAUAGUGUAGUAAUGCUAUCCAUAGAAUUUGAAGAAUUACAAUCGUUACAGUGUAAACUAAUAAUAACAAUAUUUGAUUUCUUUCAAAUUCUUCUCAAUUCCAAUAAAAAUUAUGUGCCAGAUUUCUUUCUGUGCAAGGAUCUGUAUGAACUAAUUUCAAAAUGUAUAAUGUGUCCUCAAGUUGUAGGAUUUGAGACAAUCAAUUUUGAAAGUAUUGAAUCACUUUCGUUAAUUAUGGACAAUUUAAUGAAAUCGAUAAUACGAAAGGGUGAUGAUACCAUACUGAAUUCUAUAAAAUGUGAACUAUCUGCGUAUGUAGAAAAACAUAUAAAUAGUUUCAUUGACUUGGAUGAAAUUGUUUACAGCACAGAUAGCUGUAGCGAAUUGAAACAAUACGUUCGUGGUUUAAGAUUUUUGGAACAACAUAAUAUUCUGAGUCAGAUGUGUAAUGGAAUUUAUUCAAUAGAACAACCCGACGAUAAAAUUACGCGUAUCUUCAAUGUCCUAGCACAAAAACAAAUGGGAGAACUGGUUUGUGUGAAUAUAAAAGCGUCAAUAAUAGAAUAUUUGCAAAUUCUGAUGGAAUUGCUCCUUAUUCAUUACAAGACAUCAAUAACAGAGACACUGAUCACAUUAAUUGGUAAAGACACAAUGCUCGAAUGGGACUUCAAAAAAAUUGAACAUGGAAUGUACUUUCUACGUCUGUUUAAAAACGAAAUGUUUAGAUACAUGCUGAAGGAUGCAGAGAAAACUAUGGAAGUAUUAAACACCCUAUUGAAAAUGAAUUCAUCAUUUUUGUUAACAAUGACCGAGCAACUCUUUCUGUUUGUGCAACGACACAAAAGUGAAUUACAGGAAAGCAGAAAAUCCUUAGUGGAUGUUGUAAUUAAGAGAUUUACAGAUUUUGAACGAGCUAUGAAAAAUUUAGGCGAUAGAAAAGAGAAGCUAAUAAGCAUUUAUGGAAUUGUCGUGCACUUGAAAGAAAAUCCAAUGGAGGUGCAGUCUUUGAAUAAAGACUUUCACACGUGGAUAUUGAAUCAAUUAACAGAAAGCAAUGACCUAAAUGACAAAACCAGAAUUAUUCAGAAUUUCCUCGUUUGUUUGACCGAUAUGACGUCCAAUUCUCAACCAGAAUUAUUUGCCAUUUUACGUACUCUGCGAAGCGACAGGAUUGCCUUGUGUCCAAACGAUUUUUCACAAAGAGAUGUGAAAGCUUUAAAAGUCAUUAACUGUUUCCAGACGUUAUUAACGGUGCUUACCGUUACAAAAUCAAUUGUAGUAUUUAAAUCUAUAAUUUUAUUUGCUGCUGGAAUCGCUGAACAUCUAUGCGACGAAAAAACUGAAGAAUGUCUAAAGAAAUAUUUCAAUUGCAUUAGUCCCAUAAGUUCUUUAGACUCUAUGGAGGCAGCAUAUAAAUUAUUCUUAGACUUGAACAUGUCUAUAAAUGAGAGAUUCGACAUACUACGGAAAUUUCUUCUGCCAUUAUUUCAGUUCUGUGAAAUUACCGAGAUACAGAAAUUUUUUGAAAAUAAUAUCCGCGAGAUGUACACUAUUAUCGAGCAAGCAAUUAUUGGAAGCAGUUCGGAUACCAGUCAUCUGAUAGUAUCAAAGAUAGGCUGCUAUGAUCUCGUUGGAAUUAUGUUCGCGAAGAUAGACAUAGACGAAAUAGAAAAUCCUGACAGUGUCAUUACACAAAAUGCCAUUGAUGACGCAGUAACUGGUAAAGAACUGAUAAAAAAUUUAUACAGCAACGCACUACAUGUACGUAUGUUCAAGACACUUGAUCCAGAGCACAAAGAGAUAAUAAGACUGCUACACUGCUCUGCAUACAAUUUUUCCAUAGCAGUUGUGUGCUUAAAAACAGAUGAAGACGCCUACAAGGGCAUCUUUGCUGAGAAUAAGAAGAAGGAACAAUUGAUCUGGGCGAACAUUGUAGAUAGUAAGAAGCGGUACAAUCUUCAACAAACUUUGAAGGAAUAUCCAAAGAACUAUAAGAAAUUGGUUAAUAUAAGAAAAAAUCUGAAAAAACAAGCAAACUCUGCACAAAACUCUUAUAUUUAUAGCUUUGAUCUGACUUGCUGUUCCUUGAACGAGGACAUAGAUGCUUAUGAUUACAAUGAAGCAGUUGUGCGCAACAAUCCUAACAAUACAGAUACUGCAAAAGAAAGCAUGAGUGUGUUGCUUGAAAGCGACGAACUAAAUAAUCACGAAUGCAUGGCAACCAUUUGUGGUGUGUUGAAUCAUAUGGUAUCACAACAAAUAUCUGUAGCACCUGAUGACGAUGAUUUCAUGAUACCAAUGUGGUUGAAACUGUUCUGCAAUGCAACAGGUAGCGACAACGUUAAACUAUUUGUGCUGAAAAUUGUAUUGAACAUGCAAACCGUAUUCAAACCAUAUGCAAAAUAUUGUCUAAAGCCAAUAAUACGUUUGACCUAUUCGUAUUUAUUACGAAAUCCGUUGAAUUAUAUAAUUACUGAUAUUAUAGAGAUGUUAAUAAAUUGGCAGAGUGUAGCCCAACCUGACACAACUGAUGAGAAAAUCAUUGCGCAGAAAUUUUGGGAAAUAAUGAUCGACAAAGCCGUUGUGAACAAAACAGACGAGAUUCCCAAAACAGUUUAUAAAUAUAACAUGUAUAUGAUAAAAAUUAUCCUUGAAAUGUGGCAUACUUGUUUGGAAUUGCCACGGAAUUUAAGUAACAAAAUGCAGACUGCACCUGGAUCCACAGUAUACUUGAUAUUAAUUUGUAUGGUGAACGGAAUGGUUGACAAGAUACUCGAAAAAAGUGAUGUCUUAGAGUUUCUAGAGAAAUCUCUACAAAACUGGAAAGACGAUGAGGAGACUGUUUUGCAGUGUUGCGAAUGUUUUGGCUUUAUCUUGAAGCACUUAGACGAGCACAAUAGCAUUUCGAGCAGAAAGGGGCUCAUAAUUGAACAAAUUAAAAGCGUAUUAAAACAGAUGCAAAUAUCGUGCAUAUCCAGACAAAUAAAAUGCAUUCGUGCAUUAUGCAAAAGUUAUCCAGAUGCUGGAAUAAUUUAUUUCGACUUCGUUACUGCGAACAUAUUCAGAGUGGACAAAAUGGGACAAUCAGAUUGCUUAGAAAUAUUUUUGUGGUGUAUACCAAAGCUCAAUGCAGAACGGAUACUGAGAGAAUUAGAAUACAUGAAGUUCCAUGAUCUAUUAAAAAACAAAGUUUUACCUUACGAGAAGAUGGCAUUGCAGGUCACUCACACUUUGGUUUCUAUUGUUUCUCCAUCAUAUCUAUUGUCUCUAAUUGUUUUGGUGACUCCAUAUAUCAAACAUGAUUCUUCUGAAUACAGAGAAUGCGCCUAUGACAUAUUUAUAGAUAUUUAUAAGAAAUAUGUUGAAGAUACGUCUGAUGAAGAUGAUGUAAAAAAAUUGAUGGACAGUAGCAAAGAAAUGUUAUUUAAUGGCAUAUUAGAUCCCACUGAACAAAUACAAGAGAAGAUUCUAGACUUUUGGUCUCAAGAUGCACACCUAGAGCACACUUGUGAAGAAAGAUUAUUGGAAAGUUUAAAUGUAUAUAUACCUGGUGCUGGCAAGAAUUUUCUACCGUUUGUGCUUCUUAUGAUUCUGGAUCUCACUAAGAAAUCAAAAAAUUAUAUGCAGACGAUAUUUAAAGAACCUUUGUUCGAAGGUUGCUGCUACAAAGAUUAUAAAAUAACACCUUCAUGGAGAACAAGAAAUCUUGGAUCGAAAGCUCCGCUGUUUGUUCCAUCUCUUGCUAGUAAAAUGAAUCAAACGUUUACCCAAAUGAGUGCUUCUUUUACAAAUUCGUUUGAUUCUGAAUAUACAUCGUCAUAUAUGAACACAAAUGCCGAGUUUGACUUACAGGCCACACAAGAUCCAGAAUUUGAACCGACCUUUGGUGAUGAAGAACCUAUAUCAACAUCUGUUGAUUAUAGCAAUGAUGAUGUAUUUAAAAUACCAGCGGUACCAGAACCUGCUUACAACAAGAAAUCAAAACGAUUCUUGUGCAGAUCCGUUGAUAUUUCGUCGACCAUACGACAAGAACAGAUUAUGAAGAAUAUACAACGUGCUGAAAUGAUAAAAGAAGAUGCUGUUCGUCAGAGAAGUAGUGUGAAAUUAUAUAGAAAAUACAGAAUAGGUGAUUUUCCAGACAUUGAAAUAUUCCACUCAGCGUUGAUUGAACCACUACAGCAACUGGCAAAGAAGGACUCACAGAUUUGUAAGGACUUAACAGUUUCUAUUGUUUGCUCCUUACUGAAAGUAUCCAGAGGAGGCGACUUUGUAAGGAACAUCGCGAAUAGUUUGAAACUGAUCACAGAAAGAGAACAAGGAAAUAAUUCUAUGAUAGCUGUGAGUUUAGAAAUACUGCAGAGUACUCGUGCAAUUAAUUGCUCGCCGGAGGUCGUUGCAAGGGUUUCAAGAUUAAAUAGCUUGAAUUUCCUUGGUCCACUCAUUAUAGAAGAAAAUUUAGUAUAUGGUAAAAAUGAUAUCGAACCGCCUAAGAAAAGAGCGAGAAACAGUAGUGUACAAGAUAGAACGAUGCAACAAUCUUUGAAUAAAGAUUCCAAUUCCAUGCAGGAAGAAUGGUUGCAGUUAGCCAACCUUUACGAGUCCAUCAAUGAUGUUGAUGUGGUCCUUAGUAUCUUUCAAAAUCAUAUCACCAAUGAGAAUUUACAAGAAGCAUCGUUUGCCCAAACAUCUAACAAUUGGAAGAAAGCGAAAGCAGCUUAUGAAAAAGCUUAUGAAACAGAUUCUGUAUUGGUCAAAGAACAUUGUCUUCAAGGCUUGUUUGAGUGUUUGAGCAACAUGUGUCACUGGGAUGGAGUUCACACACGUAUACAUAAUAAAUUAAAUGGAAACAUAGAGAACAUUUGGAACGACCCAUGGAAAAAUUGGAUGUUCCCAUGGUUAUUCGAAGUAUACGUGAGAGUAUUAACAGGCGAAAAGACUAAUAUUGAACUUUCCGAAAUCCAGAAAAUUAUCAAAGAUUGGAUAAAAGACGAUGAGAAAGUGAAGUAUCUUAAACGAUUCUUUGGCGGUGAAUUGACAAUGUUCUGGUUAUACGAUCAAAUAGAAGUUGCUCGUCACGCAACACUGAGUACAUUGAACGAGAUGAGAGAACAGUGGAUUAAACUUCAUCCACUCUCUACACAGCUGAAGAUACAUAUGCUACAAAAAUUGCGAAUAAUCAAUGAUGUGAACUGGUUCAUAAAAAUUCUAAAAACGGCGAAGGAUCCGGAUGACUUGCAAAACAUCCUAAACUUUUGGAAUAGUAGUCUACCGUCUGUACAAGACGCCAUCAUCCCAUGGGACAAGUUAACAUCCUAUAGAAUUGAAUUCAUUAACGGACCAUUAAAAGAGGCAUUAACAAAUUGGAAUGUGAAUGAAACUCAACAAGAUUCAGAGAGUGUACCAAACGAAGAGGAAAACGGAAUUACUUACCAACUGUGUAGAGUAACUUUCAACAUGCAACUGAAAAUGAUUGAAACAGCAUUGAGCCAGAAGAAUAAAUACAUAGCAAAAAAAUACUUGUGCAAGAUAGAAGAGAAUAACUCAAAUUACUCUGUAGAUAUGGAACAGCAAUUCUUUUUAACUAUUGCGAAGACGAAGUACUUGAUUGGAGAAAUUGAAACAGAUAUGAAGAAGAAACUGUCUAACUACACUGAUUCUUGGACAUAUUGUCACGAUCUUCUUCAGAAAAGUGAUCUUGAUCCCAUGAUAAAUGUACAUGUUCGACAACAAGUCAGUAAAGUAGCUUCAAAGAUGGCAGAGUUAAGUCAGAAUGACACAACAUUUUCUGAUUUAUUAACAAAUAACACUGCAAUCUUGAAAGUAAUUAAUAUUGGAAAUAAUGAUGUAUCUGUCAUUAGAGAAUCAUUGAAAGCUUAUAGUUUGGAACAACUAAAAGAGUGUUGUACAGUGCCAUCUUCGAGAAGUCAGGAGUGCUACUUCACCCUUUCAAAGUAUUGUUAUGCUAAAUUAUCAUGUGAUAACCGUGAUGUUAACAUAAGUAAAGAAUUCGUGCGUUCCACAUUAAAAGCAAUGAGCUAUGGAUCUCUUGAGGCAGCUCAUUACUUUCCUUGCUUAUUAAAAUCUGAAUAUUUUGAGGAUGAAGAGACGAAGGAUAUUUUUAUGAAAGAGAGCGAAGGAAUCGAAACUUGGUUGUUCUUAUCUUGGCAGGCCCAGCUCUUCUCACAUCUAGGAACGUCUAUUGCACCGUUAAUUAUACCUAUCCUGAAACGCAUCGUUGAAACAUAUCCAGAUGCUGUGAUAUACACGUUCCGUUUAACGGUAGAAACCAAUCCUGCUCUCCUCAACGAAAAUAGGACCUAUGAAAUUCGAAAAAUGCUCUACAAGAAAUCUGAAAUCGAUCAGUUUCUACAGGCAAUGCACUAUCUCGUUCAGCCAGAAUUAUAUUUGCAAUAUUAUCUACUUCAAUUUUUGAAGGACUUAUCGCAAGGGCCUGCUACAGCCGUGAGCAUGCUACUAAAGAAAGUAUAUCCAAAUAAACAGGAGAUUGAACACAGUUUAAGACCAGGGACAAUAUUUAAUGAGAUCAGAACCUAUGAAGCCCAUAUAAAAAAAUUAGAAUCGAGAAAACCUGAGCAAAUUAAACAAAUUGUAUACCAGAUGAUUGAAAAUAUCAAGAAGUCGUUUGCUAAACGUAAAGAUAAAACGCAUUUGCAGGACUAUAGUCCAUGGUUGCACAGAUUUUCUGGCAAAGACAUCGAAAUACCUGGACAGUACAUCGGCAACAGGAGACCUAUGCCACAGUAUCAUGCCAAGCUUAUGAAGCUAGAAUCUUCAGUGAAGGUGCUCAAAUCUCUCCGGAAGCCUAUACAGAUCGUUAUGAUUGGUAACGAUGCAAAGGAGUAUCCCUUCCUAGUGAAGUUUGGUGAAGAUUUAAGACAAGACCAAAGGUUACAACAGUUGUUCACUGUUAUGAAUAAAACAUUGCGCAUUGAUGCUGCUUGCAAUCAGAGACAAUUGUCUAUAGACACGUAUCAGGUGAUUCCUUUGUCCAAGGCAGUAGGGCUAAUACAAUGGAUAGACAAUACAAGAUCUCUGCAAGAAUUUAUACACUUUACAUUAUCUGCGGAAGAAGAAAAACGGUGCGAGGCGAUAGGUGGACACUAUGAAGAGUGGAUUCGAAGCGCCGCACCCUCUAAAAAGCAAGUUGAGAGAUAUAAAGAGGCAACAGUGAAAUACAGCGCAGCAAAAGUGAUCGCUAAAAUGAACGAGUUUAUAAGUAAAACCAACUGGGAUAAUUUGCGCAAAACGUUCACAAUAGUAUGUCCAUCUGUAGAAAGCUUCGUUGUGAUGCGUCGAAAUUUUGUCACCACUUUUGCCACCAUAUGCAUUGCUCAUUGGAUUUUGGGUAUCGGUGAUCGACAUCUUGGAAAUCUUCUGAUCGCAGUUGAAUCUGGUCGUUGUUUGGGAAUCGAUUUUGGAUUAGCAUUCGACGCCGGUGUUGAUCUGAGGAUUCCUGAAUUAAUGCCGUUUCGUUUAACGAAUCAAAUUCUUGGUUUACUCAGACCUUUCACUGAAAAGGAUCUUCUACGAUCUGUGAUGGUACAUACGUUAAAAGCGCUCAGGAACCAAGCAGGUCCUAUUCUAUCUUGUAUGGAUGUUUUUGUUCACGAGCCCUUAAAUUGGACUGAACAUGUGAACAAAAAACAGCGAGAAGAUGAAGAUGAUAUCGCGGACAUUAAAUGGAUGCCUAUGAAAAAGAUCAAAGCUGUUACCAAAAAAUUAAACGGAAUCAAACCGUCUUUGAUUAUUCUGGAGCAAUUGAAGGAUCAACACGAGAGCAAAUAUUUUGAUCGAUAUUAUGUUAUACUAAAUGGAGAAGAUGACAUUAAACGACCUCGAGCAACCAUGAAUAAUGAUCAUCUAAGUCCUGAGGAACAGAUUGAAUGCUUGCUGGAUCAAGCAACCGACUUAAAUAUACUAGGACGUACAUACGUUGGCUGGCGGCCAUGGCUUUAAACUAUUCAAACUUAAGUAUAGUUACGCUUGAUCAUGUCAUUUUUUGCUGUUAUAGGAAUAUAAUAUAUUUUGUAUACGAAUGUAUUUGUACCAAUUUAAUUAUAAAUCAAACAAUUUAAUAGAUUA